UAGAGCGAUAGCUCACGUCACGCCAGUAUAAUUUCACGGCACUUGGAAUUUGACGUGUGAACUGUGACAGCAAAUUGCAACCACACAGUUGCAAUUUGAUAGUGUUUUCGAAAAUAAAGACAGUCUGUAAUGAAAUAGUGAUAAAAAUGGCAGAGAGUAAAGGUGCGCUAAUCGCGAAAUCAAUGCAAAAACAUGCCGGGCGUGCAAAAGAGAAGUUGCUGCAAAACCUGGGCAAAGUGGACCGCACGCUAGACGACAUAUUCGAGGAGCACCUACAGAACUUCAACCGACAGCACCAGACCGCCACCAGACUGCAGAAGGAAUUCAACAACUACAUAAGAUGUAUACGAGCGGUUCAAACAGCGUCCAAGUCCCUGAUGGAGGCGAUCACAGAGGUCUACGAGAGCGGCUGGUCGGGCCACGACCUGCUUUACGUGCAGGCGCAAAACAUGGAGAUGCUGUGGCAGGACUUCUCGCACAAGCUCGGCGACCAAGUUCUCAUCCCGCUCAACACUUACACCAACCAGUUCCCCGAAGUUAGGAAAAAAAUCGAGAAACGCGGUAGAAAGCUAGUGGACUACGACGGUCAGAGGCAUAGUUUCCAGAAUUUGCAGGCGAACGCGGCCAAAAGAAGAGAUGACGUUAAGAUAACCAAAGGUCGGGAGCAACUAGAGGAAGCCAAACGCACAUAUGAAGUACUGAACUCGGAGUUGCACGACGAACUGCCAGCCUUAUACGAUUCACGCGUGCUGUUCUACGUCAACAAUCUAGAGACUCUGUUCAGCGCGGAGCAGCUUUUCCAUUCGGAGAGCUCGAAGGUAUUCUCUGAACUGGAAGCCAUAACGGACAAACUGGCGAUGGAGAGUCAACGCGGCACGUACAAGAAGCCUUCUAUUAAGGCGAUGCCCGCGCAGAACGGCAACGCGUCGCCGGCCAACACAGUGCAGACGCCGCCCUCCCCUUCGCUCAACGGGGACUCCCCGCCCUCCACUCCCGCCUCCCCGGCGACCCCCGUGCCGCCCGUGACCCCCGUGCCGCCCGCGACCCCGGGGGGACAGGUGACCCCGGAGCCCGCCCCGCCGGCGAGACGUGACCCCACAGCCUCGCCUCCCGUGACGCCAGCCACGCAACCAGCUGACGACAAGAAAGUUGAAGAACUGUAUGAUAUACCCGUCGGGUCGCCGGAAGCGGUCCAGAAGCUCAACAACAACGUGGAGGAGAAGAGACAGAACGACGACGACGUCAACGAGAACGUGGAAAAGAAAGAGACAGACAACCAGAAUGAAACACCCAAGGCCGAAGAGGUUUAUGAUAUACCCGUCGGAGCGACUCUGGCGGGCUUGCCGGCCGGCACGCUGUACAGAGUGCGUGCCACGUACCGCUACACGCGUGAGGACUGCGACGAGCUGUCAUUCGAAGUGGGCGACAUUAUACGCGUCGUGGAGUAUGACGAUCCCGACGAACAGGAGGAAGGCUGGCUUAUGGGUAUAAAGGAAUCCACCAAUGAGAAGGGCAUGUUCCCUGCUAACUUCACGCGGCCCAUCUGAGCGAUACAGACCGCCGUAGCGGACCGCGGGACAUCCCACGAGAGUCACCGUACCACACGUGUACCGCUAACUUAGAUGUGAAUAGUGCAAUGCGCCUAGUGUUUUGAAAUUAAAAAUUAUAUCACUUCCUUGAACUUACAAUUGUGAAGCUUUGUAAACUUUAUUUUUAAAAUAAUUAUAUUUAUUUUGUACAUUGUAAUAUAUACUUCAAACAAAUUUUAAUGCUCUAAAUAAAAUUGGCCUUAUCAAAACACUAAUUUGAAAUAAAGUUCUGUCUUCUAAUACUUAUAAAUUCUACUUCUAAUACUGUCUAUUGGAUGUAUUUUUCUUUUUCAUAAUACUUUGCGCAUUGUUAAAGUUAGAGUUUAGUUGUUCAGCGUUACUAGAUAUAUAUUAUUUAUUGUCUGUGUUGUAUUACAACGAAAAAUGUAAUAUAUGUGCCCCUCCCGUUUAUUUCAUCAGAAUUUUUUACUCGAAAGCCGAAUACUUACACUAUUCAUAUUUGUAUAAUUGACAUAAACAUAUCUGAGGACUACUUUGGUAUUUCUUAUGUAAUGUAUAUUUUAGACGAGUUUUAUGAAAUUAUUGUAAUAUAAUAAUGUCUAA